AUGCCGCUCCGCCGCGUCACCCUCGUCGACUCCCUCGCUGAACUGAGCGUUGUCCUUGCAUCCUCGCCACCGACAGCUGCGAGGCGCACCGGCCGCUGCGCAUUGCUCCUCGGCCGCCUCGUCGCUGUGACGGCCGCGGCGGCUGCGUUUGUCGCGUUGCUGCUGUGGGCAGCAGCGCACGACCCCCUCGCGGCCGACUGGGCGGAGCGGCACGCGCGGCUGCGAGGCGUCAACUUCGGCGGCUGGCUGGUGGCGGAGCGGUGGCUGGUCGGGCCGCCUACGGUUCCGGGUGUCUUUGAACCCUCUUCCUCGUGGGCGCAGGACGACGAGCACGACGCGUCUCUAGCGCGGCGCGGCUCCGGCACCACCGAGGCGGUGUCUGCCUUUCGUGACGUGUUCAUCACUCGCGCCGAUUUUGCCGCGGCGGCGGCGCUCGGCCUCAACAGCGUCCGCAUACCGUUCGGCUGGUGGAUCGCCGCGCCGACGGACGCUGCCGCCGAGCCAUACGUGCGGGGUCGCGGGCUAGGCUACCUCGACGACGCGGUGCUUUGGGCGGAGGAGGAGGGGCUCACAGUGGUGCUCGACUUGCACGGCGCUCCAGGCUCGCAGAACGGAGAGCAGACGAGCGGCCUCGAGUACCCGGAUUGGGACCCGAGCCAUUUUGACGCCGACGCGGCGGUUUGGACUGUCGAGACGGUCGCCGCGCGAUUCUCCAACCGCUCGUGCAUCGUCGCCUUCGAGCUGCUAAAUGAGCCGCGGCUGGGCACCACGGCGCUGCUCGAAUAUUACCGACGGGGCUCCGAGGCCGUGCGGAGGCACAUGCCGCCCGAGCGGGUCGCGGUCGUCAUCAACUUGUACUUCUUCCAGCACAUGGCGACGCAGGCGUGGGCAAGCUUCGACUGGCGGAUGCCGGCGCGCCGCCACCCAAACCUUGUGUACGACCUGCACACGUACACGUGCUUCCUCGAGCGGGGCCGCGGCAACGACGCCUCGCUGCCGCUGUGGCUCUACACUGGGCCGCUGGUUGAGCUCUACGCCGCCCUCCUUUCCAUAACAGUCCGGCCCGCGUUUGCGGGUGAGUGGUCACUUUGCCUGCCCUGGUACGGCGCCGCCGCCGCUACCUUCCGCGCAAUGAACCCCCCGGAGCAGCGCGCCCUGCGGACAGGCUUUGCUUCGCGGCAGGCGGACGCCUUGACGCGCGGCGACCGGCUCGGGGGUCACUUUUGGACAUGGAAGGCGCCGCACGAGGACGACAAGGACUCUUGGGACUUCGCGGAGAUUGUACGGCGGGGCUUCAUCGGCCGGGGCGAGUGGGCCGUCUGA